GGUGCUGGUCAGCGUCUGUGCUGUUUUAAAAUCGUGUUUCACAGAGUUUUACAGCGGUUUCUUUGUUUUAGCCAUCGGUUAGCUGCUUCCGGAAAACAACCUUCACACAGAAAAUCAAAAUGAAGUCGAGGAGAUACCUUUGUUGACUCCGGAUCAUUGUUUCACUUUCACCAUUUGAAUGGAUUCAGCUUUGGACAUGCAGACAUAGACUUACGAAGUAUACUGGACACAUUUUCUGAGGAGAUAAGAGGACACAGAUCUGAGGUUUGGACUGAGCUCCCUCAGCCAAUGGCUACAUUAGAAACCAAAGCGACCGGCAGCAGCAGCACUCCAGGUCUCUCAUGGGCGCGGGUAUGUAAGGAGUGUGGCCAGCAGCACGAGAGCCAGGACAGUCACCUGUACGAGUACCAGGACGAGGUGGACGAUGAGCUGGUUUGCCACAUCUGUCUGCAGCCCCUGCUCAGACCUAUGGACACCCCUUGUGGCCACACUUACUGCUUUCAUUGUCUGAGCAACUUCUUGAAAGAGCAGGACUUCUGCCCUGUGGACCGCCAGCGGCUGCAGUUACAUCAGUGUCGUCCCUCCAGCCUGCUGGUCAGGAACCUGCUGGACAAGCUGACUGUGAUGUGCCCUCACUCUGAAGAGUGCCAGCAGCAGAUGCAGCGCUGUGAGCUGCAGCCUCACCUGCACAACAGAUGUCCUGUUUUUAGAAGACUAAGGGAGGAAGCAGAGAAGAGGAAGAGGCCCUCGUGGAAUGAGUUAAAAGGACGUAAGGGUGACGGGGAGUCGUCUGGUGAUGCCAAACAUUCAGCAACUCUGUCUCGAAAUCCCACCCGCGAUCAGCCCGAGCCUGGUCUGAUUAAUCCUGCCUAUGAGGAAAGUGAGGACGACAACACACCUCUGCGGUCUAGUCUGGUGGCCGAGGCCAACAUGGUGGAGCUGUUCAGAGAGCCGGAGGAGGAGCUGGGCUUUCGCAUCGUGGGGGGGAAAGACACACCUCUGGGGAACAUCGUCAUCCAGGAGAUUGUGCGGGACUCGCUAGCAGCUCGUGAUGGCAGACUGGCCCCUGGGGAUCACAUCUUAGAGGUGAAUGACGUCAGCUUGGCUUCAGUCCCCCACGCCCGGGCUGUUGCUGUGCUGCUGCAGCCUUCCCUCCUCAGACUCACCGUGAUGCAGGAGAAAGGUUUCAAAUCAAGGGAUCCACGGGCUGAUCAUCACCCCUCAUCUUCCAUCAUAUCACACAAUCCCCACGGCAACGCUACCUCCAAUCACAACCCCGGCACAGUCCUCCAGGUGAUGCUGAUGAAGAGUCAGCGCACCGAACCGCUCGGCAUCAAACUCAUCCGUAAGUCGGAUGAGAGCGGGGUUUUCAUCCUGGACUUGCUGUCGGGCGGUUUGGCAGCCAAAGACGGAAAACUGAAGAACAAUGACAAAGUGUUGGCCAUUAAUGGACAUGACCUGAGGCAUGGUACACCUGAGAGCGCUGCCCAGAUCAUACAGGCCAGUGAGGUGCGUGUGAACUUCGUGGUGAUGAGACCUUCAGAGUCUCAGGAGGAAGGAGGAAGCAGCAGAGAGGGACAACACAACAGAGCAGCCAGGAGGGCGCCUGAGCCACAGUACUUCAGACGCCAGUCCACCUACAUGAAGGAUCCUCCAGGUGGGUUUUCCAGCCAGGAGAAGACUGUGAGCCUGAAGAAGGAGCCUCGGCUUUCCCUGGGCAUCACCAUUGCUGGGGGGAGGGACUGUCGCAGCCGCCUGCCGGUUUACAUCACAAGUGUGCAGCCUGUCGGCUGUCUGCACCGAGAUGGCACCAUCAAAAGAGGUGACAUUCUGCUGAGCAUCAACGGUGUGGAUCUGACCCAGUUGACCUACAAUGAGGCGGUCUCUGCGCUGAAGGCUCAGACAGCUCAGUCCCAGGUGGUGCUCCGUGUCAUCCAGACCCUCUCCGAGGACUCAGAGGACGAAACCGAGGCUGCCAACAAGGACGAACUGGACGCUAUGGACGAUCCACGCGAUGACACCCUCAACUGGACGCCGCUGUGGACUCGCUGGUUGGGAUUGCCCAGUCACAUGCACUGGUGCCGAGACAUUGUCCUGCACAAGACCAACAACGAGAGCUGGGGCUUCAGUAUCGUCGGCGGCUACGAGGAGAGCCACGGCCAGCAGCCUUUCUUCAUCAAAACCAUUGUGCCUGGUACACCUGCUCACUUUGACGGACGCCUCAAGUGCGGUGAUGAGAUCGUUGCAGUGAAUGGAGCCACAACAGUGGGAAUGAACAACUCAUCUCUCAUCCCCAUGCUCAAGCUGCAGAAGAAUAAAGUCACACUGACUGUGGUGUCCUGGCCUGGCAGUCUAGUGUAGAAAACACACAUUCACUGUCCUCUCUCUCUCUC